CAGAAUAGAAAUAUUUUGUUUUCUGUCAGAUUUGCUAUGUUUUUCUGAUAUCUUUGUGCUAAAUACUCGAUUUUCCUGCCAGACGGAUACAUCCUGCCAGAAUGUCAGAAGACCGCCGUAGAGGGGGUGAUGAUGAAGGCGAGGGAGGGCCCGGGAGUGCGUACCUGAUGUACGUCAUGAUGGAAGAUCUUCUAGACAAGUUAAAACUGCUGAGUUACGAGACGACGUUUUGUCGCCAACUCGGAAUGAAACCCUUCUCUAGACAUUACUUCGCCAUCACUACCAACCCAGGUGAACAGUUCUUUGCCUUCACAUCCAUCUCCGCGUGGUUAUUGCGGCAAGCGGGCAAACAGAUGGACCAGCCACAGGAAUAUGACGAUCCUAAUGCCACUGUUGCAAAUAUCCUAGACGAAGUUCGACAGUUUGGUCACACAAUCGAGUUCCCUCCCAAUAAGCUGAAGCAGGGCUGUGGUGAACAGUGCAUAUACGUCCUCGAUAAACUCUCAACAGAAGCGCUGAAGCAUCAGACUUUUGAAUGGAAAAGGCCACAGUACCCGGAGGAGGAGACGGAUGAAGAGGGCAUCAUAGAAGAUGACUCAGAGUUGGAACUGAACAAGAAGGAAGAUGAGAUCGAACAAGCUGAUGAUGAGGAUGAAUAUGUCGAGGAAAAUAUUCUCAAUCUUGACAGUCUGAAAAAGUUAAAACAGGAUGGUGAGUCCUCCAAACCUGAGGAGAUCUUGGAAUCGAGCACUGAUGCUUCAGAAUGGAAACUAGAAGUGGAGCGUGUUCUCCCCCAAUUGAAAGUUACGAUACGAACAGACAAUAAGGACUGGCGAGUCCACGUGGAACAGAUGCACCAACACAAAGAAGGUAUAGAAACAUCACUGGUCGAGACGGGCACACAGCUUGACAAGCUCCAUGACGAGAUCACGCGGACGCUCGAAAAGAUCGGCAGCAGGGAAAAAUACAUCAAUACGCAGUUGGAGCAUUUGUUACAGGAGUUCAGGCAUAUGCAGGAUCAGUUGGCGGAGACGAAGGAGAGGUAUCGACAGGGUAGCGGUGGAGUGACGGAGAGGACACGUCUACUGGCUGAGGUGACUGAAGAGUUGGAAAGAAUCAAACAAGACAUGGAGGAGAGGGGAAACAGCAUGACUGACGGGGCACCGCUCGUGAAGAUCAAACAAGCCAUCGCCCGCAUGAAGAUGGAGAACCAACAGAUGGAUAUCCGUGUUGGCGUCCUGGAACACAUGUUGCUGCAGGCCAAGAUGGCGGAGCGGUCUGAUCAGCGGAGGCUGGGGGAGAAUACGGAUAAUGACCCCUAUGAAAUCAAAGCUUAUUAGAUCAAGGAGAACCUGGGGCUGGGAAUGUCAUUGAGUCUUACGUGCAGCACUGUACUGGGUCCAUUGAGAUGUUUGCAGUGCAAAUAAUUACGAGUUACAGUCCCAAAGAGUGACAUUGUUGAGACAUGAUGCUACCAUAUAUUAGUUUAUUCCGUCCUGGGGUAGUGGGUAUCCUUUUGGUCAAGUGAUUAUUGAGAGAGUUCAAUGAUACAGAUGUUACAAAAGACAUGUGGCCAUUGAUGUUACUCAAAGACAGCACUCCUGGUUUAUUAUUUACCAAAGGUUAUCAUGUGUGUGGUUAAUGUGUAAAUACCAUUAAGUUAAUGUAUAGUUUGUUUACUUUCCAAUAAAAUGGCA